CGCUGCGCUGCGGGGAUCCUGCUGAGCGCAAGUUUCUCCAGCGGCAGCAGCGAGGCGCAGGAAAAGUUUCCACAGAGGAAUGGGAAAGUUGUAGAGGACUCAGAGAGCAACACGGGAUUGGAUCUACCAUCCAGCCGGGAUUACGCUCAGCAUCCAGGGAUUAUUCUUUAACUAACCGAGGCUCGUUCCAGCAGGACACGCGCGAUGCGUUCCUCCGCGCAGCCUCGCACCUGGAYGAGGUUCGCCGUGGUUUUUCUCCUCUUCUCGGGGCUGGAGCGGGGGUCCGGGUGCCCCCCUUUCUGCUCCUGUUCCGGGGAACUCGUGGACUGCAGUCGACUGAAAAGGGGCCGAAUUCCAGAAGAGAUCCCGGAGUGGACAGUCCGACUGAACUUGAGCCAUAACAAAUUACAGGCUCUUGAUAGGAAUUUGUUUUCCAAACUACAAAACCUAAGUGAAAUAAAACUGAAUCACAACGAACUGGAGGAAAUACCAGAUUUGGGUCCCUACUCUUCCAACAUCUCAACACUCAUUCUAGCAAACAACAGGAUCACCAGGAUUUCUGAGGAGCAGCUCAGACCCUUCCUCGCCCUCCAAACCCUGGACCUCAGCAACAACAAAAUCACUGAGAUAAAAGCCGACUCCUUCCCCGCUCUGCCGCUCCAGAACCUGUUCCUCAACAACAAUCGGAUCUCCUCGCUGGAAAGCCGAUGCUUCAGCAGCCUGUCCAGCACCCUGCAGGUUCUUCAGCUCAACCGGAACCGCAUCUCCACCCUCCAGAACAAGAACUUUGAGCUGCCUAACCUCCACCACCUAGAGCUGAGCAGAAACCGGAUUCGCUGCGUGGAGGGCUUGAUGUUUCACGAAAUGGUCGCUCUUCGCUCCCUGAAGCUGCAGAGGAACGGUCUCAGACACCUGAAGGACGGCGCGUUCUACGGGCUCAGCAACGUGGAAGUCCUGGAGAUGGACUACAACAACCUGACGGAGGUGAGCAAGGGUUGGCUGUACGGCCUGCAGUCUCUGCAGCAGCUCCACCUCGGGUACAACUCCAUCAGCAGGAUCCAACCUGACAUCUGGGAGUGCUGUCAGAAACUCAGCAAACUCAACUUGUCCUCGAAUCAUCUGUCCAGGCUUGAAGAAUCCAGCUUUGUUGGUUUAAGCUUACUGGAUGAGCUCCUCAUUGGAAACAACCGUGUGAGCUUCAUCGCAGACGGGGCUUUUCGUGGCCUCUACAACCUGCAGAUGCUGGAUCUCCAGAAUAAUGAAAUCUCCUGGACCAUUGAAGACAUGAACGGACCUUUCUCUGCACUGGACAAGAUGAAAAUGCUGUUCCUGCAGGGGAACCAGAUCCGCUCUGUGACCAAAAAGUCUUUCUCAGGCCUGGACACGCUGCAGCACCUAGAUCUGAGCAACAACGCCAUCAUGUCCAUCCAAGCCAACGCCUUCUCUCAGAUGAAGAACCUAGCGGAGCUGCUCCUGAACACCUCCAGCCUCCUGUGCGACUGCCAGCUGAAGUGGCUUCCCGUCUGGGUGGCAGAGCAAACCUUCCUGCCCUGCAUCAACGCCAGCUGCGCCCACCCGCAGAUGCUGAAGGGCAGGAGUGUGUUCUCCGUCAACCAGGAGGACUUUGUGUGCGAUGACUUCCCUAAGCCUCAGAUCACAGUGCAGCCAGAGACCCGCUCGGCCCUCAAAGGCUCCAACGUGACCUUUGUGUGCUCCGCCGCCAGCUCCAGUGACUCGCCCAUGACCUUUGCCUGGAAGAAAGAUAACGAGGUCCUGAACGAUGCGGAGAUCCACAAUCAGGCCCACCUGCGGGUGCAAGGAGGUACGGGGGGUGAAACAGAAGUGACGGAGUACACAACCACACUGCAGCUGCGUAACGUGGACUUCUCCAGCGAAGGGAAGUACCAGUGCGUGAUCUCCAACCACUUUGGCUCGUCCUACUCCACUAAGGCCAGGCUCACUGUUCACAUGCUACCUUCCUUUACAAAGAUGCCGAUGGACCUCAGUAUCAGAGCCGGAGCGAUGGCUCGGCUGGAAUGUGCUGCUGUUGGUCACCCGUCCCCCCAGAUUGCUUGGCAGAAAGACGGAGGCACAGACUUCCCUGCAGCCCGUGAACGUCGCAUGCACGUCAUGCCGGAGGACGAUGUCUUUUUCAUCGUAGAUGUGAAAACGGAAGACAUCGGCGUUUACAGCUGCACGGCACAGAACAUAGCGGGGGCCAUUUCUGCAAACGCUACGCUGACUGUUCUUGAAACGCCUCGCUUUUUGCGAUCCCUCUUGGAUUGCACGGUGGCGAAGGGUGAGACGGCAGUCCUCCAGUGUAUCGCUGGCGGCAGCCCCCCACCGCGACUGAACUGGACCAAAGACGAUAGCCCACUGGUGGUGACGGAGCGUCACUUCUUCGCCGCUGCCAACCAGCUCCUCAUCAUUGUUGACGCCGCAGAUGCAGACGCAGGAAAGUACACCUGUGAGAUGUCCAACGCUCUGGGAACAGAGAGGGGACACAUUCGUUUGAGCGUUCUACCAAAUCCCAACUGCGACUCUGGAGUGAUGGGGGGUGCUGAGACCGGCAAAGGGAAUGGAUCGAACGACGACGGGUGGGCCACAGCUGGCAUUGUCAUCAUAGCAGUGGUGUGUUGUGUAGUUGGAACAUCUCUGGUCUGGGUGGUCAUCAUCUACCACACUCGACGGCGAAACGAGGACUGUAGCGUCACCAACACAGAUGAAACCAACCUGCCUGCAGAUAUUCCCAGUUACCUGUCCUCCCAGGGAACCCUGUCUGACCGACAGGACGCCUACAUCCCCUCUGAGAGCGGCAGCAGCCAUCAGUACAUGGCGUCGUCUAUUAGUGGUUUCUACCUGCAGCCUAAAGACAUGAACGGUCUUUGUCAGCUGGACACAGGAAGUGAAGCGGACAUGGAAGCGGCUAUUGAUCCUUUGCUCUGCCAUUAUCAAGAUCCGAUUGGCUCGCUGAUUUGCCGAGAUAACUUAUAUCCCAACGAGCCAUCUGAAGCCUUUACAGGUUAUUCCUUYGACCAGAGUGCAGCUGGGACUGACUACUACAGCAACAGCAACUCUAAAAGGAAGGAUUUCUUGCUGCCUGAUUACUUUGAUUUCUGCCCUUCCGGCAUCCUGAUGCAGCUUCCCAACCCUAGCAAGCAUCAGGACCCCUCUCACCAGCAGAGCGACUGUGAUCUACCCUUUGAGAAUGGAGACGUGGUCAACUAUGGGAGACAUCAUGAGAACCUCUCCCCAGGGAACACCUUCAUGGGAACAUUUGGGAAAGCUCCUUGGAGGCC